AUGCGCUCAGCCGGGCUGCCGACAGUGGGCUUUAUGGAGCUCCAGCUGAAGGGGGGUGGUCCCCUGGUGGUCCCGGCGAAUACCAUCUACAGCACCGUCCAGCAGCAGGACUAUUCUGCAGGCGUAUGGCUCCGCAGGAAAGAGAAAAAACUGGAGCAUGCCUAUAAAGCGCCAGAGGUCUACCACAAGACAAUCCACAUGAUCUUCAAGCACAUUCCAGGAGUGGAGACUAUGAUGGAUGACAUCAUCGUUUGGGGGUCCACAAAAGAAGAACACGAUGAGAGAGUGAGACAAGUGCUGGACCUGACACGGAAAGUCAACCUAAAACUAAACAAGGACAAAUGCGAGUUUGGUGUGAAAACACUUACCUUCGUGGGAGACAUACUUUCAGAGGACGGAGUCAAACCAGACCAGAGGAAAACAUCAGCCAUCAACAACAUGGAGCGCCCGAAAAACAAGGACGAUAAAGUUAAUGCAAAAGUUGUGAAGAUGAUCUAUGCCCCGGGAAAGUUAAUGUUCGCCGCCGACACUCGUUCUCGAGCAGUCGACAAGAAGGAGAGUUUCGACACACAGAAAAACACUGAGAUUCAGGCCUACGUCGACAUGAUUUCUCAGCAGAAAUGCAUCGUAAUCUUCGCUUUGGUGUGCUGUUUCGCUGUCCUGGUGGCCUUGAUCUUCUCGGCGGUGGAUGUCUGGGGAGAGGAUGAAGACGGUAUAACAGAAGAGAACUGUAACAAGAACUGCAGGGUAGUGCUUGUGGAGAAUAUUCCAGGAGAUGUCACCUUUUCUGAGAAUAGUACGGCCCACCUCACCCUCUCUGCUGGGCUGCAUAGCCUACUGGACCUGGCCGUGGCUGGUCGUUCUGUGGAGAUUGUGUCACCACAAUGGAACCUGAACUCCUCUGACAAUGAAUCAAGCUUCCUACCAUCUUCUAGGCAGGGUCAGGCUUUGCUGCAAAGACUGCAGGGGCUGAAGAAGAAGGGAAUCAAUUUGAAGAUAGCUAGUGGAAUGAUCGACUCUGUAGAGCUCAAGAGCCUCUCUCGUCUGAGUGAGGUGCACUACAUUAACAUGACUGCCCUGACCAAAGGCUUCCUGCACUCUUCUUUCUGGGUGGUGGACAGGAAGCACAUCUACAUCGGCAGUGCCACCAUGGACUGGCGAUCACUGUCCACGAUGAAAGAACUGGGGAUCAUCAUCUACAACUGUAGUUGUCUGGCACUGGACCUGCACAGGGUAUUCAACCUCUACUGGCAGCUGCAGUAUAAGGACUUUGUACCGUCCAUCUGGUCCAAGAGGCUGAGUGCCCUGUGGAACAAAGAUGAAAACCUCCCACUUCUCUUCAACAACACCAAGGCUGAGGUCUUUCUCUCUAGCUCUCCAGAUGUCUUCUGCCCUAAAGACAGGACCAGAGACCUCGACGCCAUAUCCUAUGUGAUCCAAAAGGCCAAGAAGUUCAUCUACAUAUCCAUUACAGACUACCUGCCUCUCACUAACAGGAAUUCUCACAGAUACUGGUCAAGUAUAGAUGGGAUGCUUCGGGAGGCCUUGAUCCUGAGAAACAUCAAAGUGCGUCUGUUAGUAAGCUGCUGGGAGCAGACACAUCCCCUGACCUUUAACUUUGUGUGGUCCCUGAAGACCUUGUGUAUGGAGCUCCCUAACUGUUCACUGGAGGCUAAGUUCUUCAGCACCAGGGAGCAGAGAGAUGGCACGCUACAGGGAAUCAACCAUAACAGAUUCAUAGUGACAGACAGUGCUGUGUACAUAGGCGAGUUUACUUCCAUGAGUUUCAGAUGACUAAUAUGUAUUUU